AUGGAGGAGGCGGUUUCCAUGGCAACUGUUGCCAUGCUGAUGGCGACCAGAGAAGGGCUUCAGAGCAUCGCAGGGAGGUUCACCAGCCUCUCCCCGUGCUUAAAGAUGGAUCCCUUCCUCCCGGCUGGAACUGCUCACACAUCUCUCCCUGCUCGGCUGCAGGCUCAGCGCUGGCGCAACGAGAACUACGAGAGGCCCGUGGACCUGGAGGGCUCUGGGGACGAUGACCCCUUUGGGGACGAUGAACUGGACGAUGUCUACUCGGGCUCUGGCUCAGGGUAUUUCGAGCAGGAGUCGGGGCUCGAGACAGCAGUGAGCCUCACCACAGACACGUCCAUCACGCUCCCCACCACGGCAGCCGUGCUGCCCAUCACCUCGGUGCAGCCUGUGGCAACCCCCUUUGAACCAUUUCCCGCUGAGGACACCACUCCUGAGCAAACAACCAGCAUCUUGUAUAUCCCCAGGCUGACAGAGGCACCAGUCAUCCCCAGUUGGAAAGCAACCACCACCAGUACCACUGCCAGCGAUUCCCCUACCACCACGACCACCACGACCACUACCACGGCCACCACCACCACCACUGCGGCCACCACCACCACCAGCACCACCAUGGCCACUGCCAAGCCCACCACCAUCCGGAGGUUCCUGCCCCCCUUUGUCACCAAGGCAGCCACCACCCGGGCCACCACCCUAGAGACACCCACCACCUCCCUCCUCGAAACCAGCACACCGACAGAGGUGGUCACGUCACGGCUUGUCCCCACCAGCACAGCCAAGCCCAGGUCUCUGCCAAAACCAAGCACAUCCAGGACUGCAGAACUCACAGAAAAAAGCACUGCCUUGCCAUCCAGUCCUGCCACGCUGCCGCCCACAGAAGCCCCCCAGAUGGAGCCCGGGGAGGUGACGACAGUCCUCGACAAUGAGCUGGAGGUCCCGGUCAGCAGUGGCCCCAGCGGGGACUUUGAGAUCCGGGAGGAGGAAGAGACGACUCGUCCCGAGCUGGGUAACGAGGUGAUGGCUGUGGUGACGCCGCCGUCGGGACCUGGGCUGGGCAAGAACAUGGAGCCAGGGCUGAUUGACAACACGAUAGACUCCGGUAACUCAGCCGCUCAGCUGCCCCAGAAAAACAUCUUGGAGAGGAAAGAAGUGUUGAUAGCGGUGAUCGUCGGUGGCGUGGUGGGAGCCCUCUUCGCUGCCUUCCUGGUCAUGCUGCUCAUCUACCGGAUGAAGAAGAAGGACGAGGGCAGUUACACGCUGGAGGAGCCCAAGCAAGCCAACGUGACAUACCAGAAGCCUGACAAGCAGGAGGAGUUCUAUGCGUAGAAGGAGAGCCCGGCGUGCCUCGCUUCCUCCCUCCCCGCUCCAAACUCUCCCUCCUCCUUCUCUCUCUCUCUCUCUCUCUCUCUCUCUCUCUCUCUCUCUCUCUCUCUCUCUCUUUUUUGGAUCAGACUGUGAAUUUAAAAAGCAAAACCCGCAACAGCUAAAGGAGAAAACACAUCUUUGGCAUGGGGAAAAAUCAAGCGCCCAGAGCAUCGCCGAGUUCAGACCGAGUACCGCUGGCCUUUCUGCAGCGGGAGGGACAGGGCAAGGAGCCAAGGCCAAGGACCCUGUGCCUGGGGAGCACCCUGGCAAGUGCGGGACAGGGCAGUCAGGCUUCCAACAGCGGCUGGAGAUCACUGGGCUUUUCCCACCAACACAACGGACUCUGGGAUCUGGACACCUUCUACCAGCCCUGGGGCACAGGGGGGUUGGUUUGGAUUUAUCUUUUUUUUUUUUUUUCCCCUUCAGAAAGGAGAGAGGUUUCUUUCCCUCUCUUUUGUUUUUAUUUUUUAUUUUCUUUUUGAAUGGGGUUGGUUGCUUUGCAGGACUUACCUUGCUCCUUGCUUCUGUUUGAAGAGAGGACACGACUCUCAAAUACGCUUCGAACCUUGAAAAUAAGCACAAGGGGCUGGAAUACCUGGUGCCCCGGGGUUUGCUCUUGGAGUGGGGAAAAACAAACAAACAAAAACAAACAAACAUGGCCAGUACGCUGGAAACGAUCUCUUCAGAUCAACUCUUCAGAGAGUUUGUGGAGCAGUAAGAAGCUGCAUUGGGGUAUCUCAUGCUGCUCCCCUUCUGCCACCACCUCGCUUCACUGCAAUGCUGUUCACAGCCAGAGACCUUAAAUCUAUAGAAACCGCGUGUCACCAGCUGCUGAGGGGUUUGGUUGAGAAGGGACUUUGCUUUUCCUGGGUUUUCACUGUGACCAAUAAAACUCAGCUUGCGCAGUACGACCGACGGCACUGGUUUUAAAAUGGAGCGGGACAUCGCUUGGUAGGGAGUUGGCAGGGAGAGGAGUUGGAAAUGGAGAAGAUAAAUCAUCUCCCCAGUUCCUCUGGAGGGGAUAACAAAGCUCUACAAGGUGUGAGACACAGCUUAAGAGAAGAAAUGCAAAGCAGAGGCAAUACUCUGUCUCCUCGGGGGGUCGGGGCAGGGGUCCCUGCUGGGCCAGAUUGGCUUUCCACCUGUCAGCCCUAGGGUAGCUUGGCUGCUACCUAUAUUUUUCAAGACCCAGGAUUGAUGGUUUGUGUUUCUUUUGUUGUUGCUUAAAUUCCAGUGUCACCCUAGGGCACCCAGGAGCCUGAGAGCAAUAGAUCCUGGAAGCCAUCAUCACCCGAGUGCAGUGGUUUCCUCUCUGAGGCUCCCUAAGGUGCAGAGCAGCAGGGCCUGAUCCAGAGCCCAGCUGUGCCUUCUAGAAAGGCUAGAUUUUUUUGGAGCAAGCUCUCUGCACAGAAAAGUCAAUUAGAUAUUUCAAUGAGUUGGCUUUUAAUUAGCUAAAGCGCUGCUUGGGAUGCAGUCAGGGAGCUUUGUUUUCACGAUGGUUGCGAUCUCAAUGGUGUCCCAUGGAGACCUUGGCUUUGCUCUUAGAGCAAGUUAAACAGGAAAAUGGAAAACAAAAAAAAUCAUGAAUUAAACCUGCACAGACACAGUGACACUUUGUUCCCUUGGGGUGUUAGUGGAUAUAGGGAUUUAUGACCCUGAUGGAGGCUACAAGACAGCAGCGCUUCUUUAUGUUAGGAAUUUGAGAGGCCAAAUGCAUAUUUUAUAUAUAUAUAUAAACACACACACACAUACAUACACAGUUUUAUAUAUAUAUAUAUAUAUAUGAAAUGAAAUCCCUGUAAAUUUUCAUUGCACUGCAUAUGAUGGCUGGAUGGGACUUUGUGGUUGUGACCAUGGGAGGUUUGGGCUACGCUCCCCUGGGGUGCGCAGUGCAGGGUCUGCGACCCAAAACGCCAACCUGGUUUUACUACAGGGUAGGGAGCAGAUUCCCUGUGCGUUGGCCAGCUCUCUAAAAUCCCCAUUUUAGAGAUGCCAGCCUCAAAGUCAUCAUUGUUUCAGUUCUUUCAGUUUGAAGAAGACAGUCCUCUUGAAUGUGAUGGUGAUGCUGAAAGGCAGAGGGUGUAGCAUGUGUGUGUGUGUGUCCAGUUCUUGGGUCCAUUCUGGCUCCGGAGGAUGAGGAUGCUGUGAAGGGGGACCAAGAAGAAGGCUGGUGCCAACCAGGCUCCAAGAGCCACUUUCUCUGACCUGCUCAAAGGGGAGUUUCAACUCAUGGGUUCAAUGGUUUGGGUUUUUUUUGGUCCUGUUGGGACUACACAGAGGGCCCUGGCUGUUGGGGAGUGGCAGAAAUCAAGCCUCCUCGUGAUUUAAUGAGUUGGGCAUGAUAAGUAUCAAGGCCACCAAAAAUCACCAUCUUUUGGAAGAAUGUGAACUUAAUCUUUCGAGCUUGCAUUAAAAAAAAAAAAACCAACAACCCUUCCAGCUUAAUCUUUUAAAUUCUGCCUUUCUUAGCUGCUUCCCUAAUCUUCUUCAUUCCAUUUUUUUCCCAUUUAAUAGUCUGAAUUUUUAUAAUGCAAUUUUUUUAUUCACUCAAGCUUAACCUCAGUUCUCUCAGCUGGUGUUAAGUUGUAAUCCUGGCACUUAAAUCUGUUACAGAUUCAGAAGUGAGGAAGACCGGGAGGGUGAGAGGAGGCUGGGCAGCACUUUCUCUAGCAGUAAUUAAAAGUACAAGAAAACCACAUGCAAAAAAAGGUGAAGGCAAUUAAACUGGUAAUCAGAACGGGCCAAAGUCUUAAUUUGUUGUAUGACUGCUGCUUCUAUGUGUUUGCUGUGUUGCUCUCUGCCUGGAGAGGGGAUGUGAGCUCAAAGAGACUGUUUUUUGGUCUUGGAGCUCACCUUUUUCUGGUGAUAAAUCAUGACAGAGCCUUUCCUGUGGCCUCAGCUCCCCAGGAGCACUGGGUUGGUUGUUGGAACUGGUGUCUGGAAUUAAAAAAGCCUUGUCUUGCUGGAGGAUGGCUGAUCUUGUAGGGUAGGGGGUGGUGGGAUGGAGCUGAAUGUGGGCUGAAUUUCUGGGGGAAAGCCCAGCUCCAAAAAAAUUGCAGCUACUAUCAGCUCUCUAUUACCAGAGCAGUGGGGAUGGGUAAAACCCCAGUGAGGCCCAGAUGAAGGGUGCUGCCAGGGUCUGUAAGGGGAUUGUGGUGGUUGGCAGGUGGCACCAGGUGAACGCGGUGUGCUGCGGGGCCCAGUUGCUCCCUCCCACGGGCAUGAGUGUCUCGCUGCACUCUGGGGCUUUUGAGGGAUUCCUGGUGUGAAGAUGGAAGGGAAAAAGGUGAGAAAGCAUGGGGUGGGGGAGGAAGAAAACCAUAUUUUCUCAGCUGUUGAUUUGGCUGCAGAGCAAGUUUUUAGGAAAAUUAACUCCAAUGAGAGCUUGAGCAUCUCCCGCAUCAUCCCCUCCCAAACCUGCCAGAUUUGGCAUCACCCUCCUCUGCACAAUCUCAGCCCCUUCCCCAGCCCGUGUGUAUCCCUCGAAGUGACUUUGUCCAUCAGUGGCUGCAGUCUCCCAGCUGGGGCAGUGCCCAGGGGUGCUCAUCCAGCUGUGCACCCCUUUUCCACGUCUUUUCUGUGUGUUUGUGUGUGUGUGUGGUACAGUGGAGCUGAAGGACGAUUCUUUGCUGUGCCGGUUUUGUAAUUUUAGGAGAGCUGCAAUUGCAAGGCAUGAAAGAUGGUGUCGGCUCCUCUCCCAGCUGUGCUGGAUUUCAGUCGCUCUCUGCUGUGGUUUGCAGCAGCCAAUGCCUUGGAAGAAAAAGAUAAAGUAAUCAGUGACUCCUGUGCCACAUAAGUAAGGAGAAGACAGGACAAGGGGCCAAAGGGAAGGAAGGACUGGAAAACCUGUGUGAGAGCCCAAAUGAGGGGCUGGAAAUGGGAGGAUGGGAAGGGCAGGGAAUGAAGGUCAGUGACAGGACCCAGCCUCGGGAGGCAGGUUUUGCAGGGCUGGGAGUGAGUUGCCCCUUUCCUCCAAAAAUUUCUGAUUUUGGACCUUUCAAAAAUAAGCAACAGGAUCUUGCACCAAGGGGGGAUCUUGCUGCAGGGAAGGAGAUGGCACUGGGCUGGGUGUGUGCUGGUUUAGCUCUACAUUUCCCAUUCCCUCCCAGUUUUGCCUAGUGGGUGCCUAAAAUCCCUGGGUGGGAGCUGCUUUGCUCCACGAGAGCCUUGGCUCCCGAUCUCCAGACUCACAAUUCAGAGCUAUCCGACCUCUGCCAUAAGUCACCAGCACGGAGGCUUUAACAGGAACAAAACCCUUAGCUAAAAACAAGAAUGGACUUUUUUUAUCAUUCCCCCCACCCCGCCCCAAAUCAUUUUAUGAUUGUAAGCAUUUCUGGGCUUGGAGGUUUUCUACAAGGCUCUGGCAGCUCCUGAAGGGGCAUGGAGUUUUCAGCACUGAAAGGUUUAUUGGAAUAACUGGCAUCUCACCGGGCACCUCGCCAGCUGCUCGGCCGGGCUGGAGCCUGCGGUGACAGGGAUGGGUGUGUCGUGCGUGUAUGUAUGUAUAUAUAUGUGUAUGUAAUUAAUAUAUAUGUAUAUAUGUAUAUACGCGUGUGUGCGAAGCACGCACGUGUGCACAGGUUCAUUGUAAUCUCUGCACCUAAUGGGGGGUGGUUCUCAGCCAGCAUUGUGUGCUGGACUCUGCAGCCCUCGGACCCCGACCUCUUGCCACGGGCUGCAGGAUCGGGCCCCACGCUGCCGGCUCCUUCCUGCCCUCCCGCUCUUUGCCCCCUCAUAGCAACGGCCUGAUCCUGGCCACCUCGGCGCUGGGUCGGGGUCUGCCAGGGUUGGCGAUAUGGAGCUUUUUGCCGAUGGCCGCAUCCCUGGCCGGAGCUGGAAUGGAGCCCAGGAUGCUGGGAGGCAGCCACAGCCCCGCCGAGGCUCCGGGCGCGCUCUGGUUUGUCCCACGUACCUUGUGCCUGCAGCUCCGUGGACAGACCCACACCCAGUCUCUAUAGAGAAGUUAGUCUGGAGUGUACAAACUUUAUUUUUUUUUUCCUGUUUUCGUUUUUUUUUACUAUUAUUUUUAUUUUUGGGAAAAGUCACCCUAAGAGACACCUGUGUGAUGCCCAGAUGGAUUUUUUUAACCCCACAUUCCAGACAGCUCAUCCACUGCAUCUCCAAAGACCUCAAGGGUACCAGUGACUUUAUGUGCAUAAGCUACCCCUGUUCUGGGUCCCCCUGGUCUAAGUCAUUAAAGUACAGCUGACAAUCAAACCAGACAGAACUGCUGACUUUAGAAAAAUAUAUAUCCAUUGCAGUUUGAUAGAACUACUUUUUAAAAUCACAUGCUUAUCUCUCACUAACGCUCACCACCAUGUCUCCAGGAUAAAUCGCCACCCAUUGGUUCUUCUGUAAAUAAACAUGAAACAUUCUUGUAUAAAUUAAACAAACAAAUACGUUGAUAUAUGUCCAAAAAAAUAUCCCUUUCCAGAAGAUUUAAACCGUUCAGAGAAAAAGAAAAGCCCAACAAUUGAGCCCCACUUCACUUUUUCUUUGGAGCUGGUUUAAAUUCCCAAUAGGAGAAUGAAAAAUCUUUAACAGAAGAAACUACAAGUGUUUUACCUUUCAACAAAUAUAGGAGGGAAAAAAAAA